GACAACUGAAACAGCUCAUUAUCAAAGCUUGAAGAUCAACUUCAGAUCAGAAACCAUGAGGGCAUCUUCUUUGUGUCUGGUGUUCGGGCUGGUCCUGCUGAUGGCCUGGACUUCUGAGGCUCAACCAAAAGCAGUUGCCCAUGCAGUUCCUGAGAGUUGUUGCUUCGUUUUUGUCGACUUCCAAAUUCCGGCCAAAAGAAUUGUGAGUGCUUUGAAGACCGGUUCAAAUUGCCCUGUCGCUGGCAUUGUGGUUAAAACACCAAGAACGGAAUUUUGUGUGAAACCAGACGAGGCUUGGAUUCAGAAAGUAAUGAAAAAGCGUCAAAAAUGAAAACUCAAAACAUAAUACUGUUAUUGCUUUAUUCAACUGUCCUUUCCUAUCAAAUGUAUUUUUUUGCAUCUCCUUAUAAAUACUGCAAGAUAUUGAAUGUCAAAACUCAUUUCAUCUAUGCAAAUAAAUAUUAAAAUUCA